AUGCAGGAAUCGCUACCGAAAGCGCCUUUCAAGGUCAAGGCUGUCUACUCCUGGUCUGGGGAACAUGAGCAGGAUCUGGGGUUUUUGGAAAGCGACAUCAUUGAGGUGACGAAAGUUAAGGGCAAUUGGCUGUACGGCAGGCUGCUACGCAACAAAAAAUCGGGCUACUUCCCGGUUAAUUACGUGCAGGUGCUGUACGAGGUUCCCAAUGGAUAUAUCGAGCGGUCGCCUGCGGAACCGCGGACGCAGCGGCCUCCAACGCCGCCGACAGUGUCUGCUCCGGCGGUGCUGCUACCAGCGAUGCCGACGCGGUCGCCGAAAAGCAUGGAAAAGGGCGAUUUAUACGGGCACGGCCCACACUCGCCAGCGCUGACGCCGGCGGAGUCGCCGCGGCGGCGGAUGCACCUUGAGCCAGGGAUGCGCGCGGGCUCCCGGCUGCCGAUCACGCAUUUGCCAAAGUCUCACUCCACCAACAUGCUGGUGCCGCGCAUUGAGUACCCUGUCCGAGCGCCGCGGCUGCGCAGCGGAAAGCUGACGCCCGGGCCCGAGCCCGCCAAGCGAGCUAGUUCGAGCGAGUGUUCGUCCAACACCGGGACCACGUUUAGCCGACGUGCCAGGUCGAAAUCGGAUCUGCCGCCAUUGCCGCCCAUCCCGCCCAUCCCGAACGUCACAUUGAAUGUGGAUACCGAAUAUGCUCUUGAUUUUGGCCACCCUCACACCGCUGAACUCGCCACCGAUGCGCCUAACAAUAAUGACAACCAUAAUAAACUCCGCGAGCGGCAUGGUGUGUACAAUGGCGAGUACCCGACCACACGCUCCUACAACGACCUCGCCAUCGCAAGGUCCCCACAGCGCCACACACCACGCAACGACGGCUACAGCAGCAGCUACGGGUCGAACUACGAGGGCUAUGAAGGGUAUAGUUCCGGCUACUCCGAUGGCUACGCGCAAAACCAGAUUUCACAGUCGCGGUUUCUUGAAGACUCGCUUGGUAUGAGCGAAGAUAGCUACUGUUUGAUGAGCGACUUUAGCGCCACUAGUGCCGGCAGCUUUGCAAGACACCGCUUUGCGCGUUCAUUUGCUGAUUCUACCGAAGAGGAUAACUACCCGAGCUCACCAAGAGAUAUUUCAAGCCCUAGCAAGGUUUCUGGAGUAUUCAGAAAGUUUCUGGGCUCGGGUUACCAACUGACCGGUAACCACAGUAGUAUUAAUAUUAAGGGCGGGUUACCAAAAUUGCCAGAUCUUCAUAAUUUGAACAUAGCCGACGAUGAGGGCUCGCAUUGGCUACAAGCUCAGUGCCAUCUGCAUCGCUCGAAUACAUUGAGCGCUAAGGAGAAAAGGGAGAGAGAGCGCAGAGUGUUAUAUGAGAACAGCGACGUCGUGCUACGGCCACAGGACUACAUCAACGAGGAGAUCAACACUAAUGACGUAUACCAUAGUCACAAGCCCGGGCUAGUCGAUAUUGAGCUGAAAUCGAUGGACCUUGAGAACGUAGAUUACCGAACUAGAAGGCGGUGUCAACAAACAGGACCGUUCACCGUGGAAUCGUUUGCGCAUUACAAUUUCCGGUCAGGGUACAGGUCACCAAUUGAACAGCUGAGGGGAAUAUUCACAUUUUGCACUGAGUUCUUCAGGCUUAUUGACGACGGAGGGAAAACAGAUUUUAAUAGCACACCUACAAACCUUGACUCUGUUCUUCACUCGCUCUGCUGUACGCCUUAUGAACUAACAUGGAUAUUCAAGAAGAUGGCCAAUUCGCUCGGCAUACAGUGCGAUCUCGUCGUCGGUCUGCUUAAAACCCCCAAUGCGGACAACAUGACGUUUCGCUUCAACCAUUGUUGGCUUCGGGUGUUAGUUGCAGAUGAGAUGCGAUUUGUAGAUGUUAUUCUGGGCAACGUUACAAAUCCCCUACACGAGUACAUCAAUAAUAAGAAACAGGUCCAAGGCGAGGAUUUCUACUUCCUCAUACAGCCCCUGCACCUCAUAUACACUCAUGUGCCAUACCUAUACGAGGAGCAGCACAUUGUGCCCGCAAUUGACAGGUGUAUCGCCAUGUGUCUACCGGUCGUCUUCCCAUCCUUUUUCAAGAAUGACCUCAGACUCUACAAGUACAGUCUGGGACUCUGCGAACUACUGGACUCUGAGAUAUUUGAGUGCUCCAUCAAGGUGCCCUCCGACGUGGAACUGGUAUCUUCGGUGGUCCCGGAGGGCUCAGCAGCCGCCCGAUGCAGAAACCUGAAUCUGUCUCUUGUACAAUAUAAGCUCCACAAGCGCGACCGCAUUGCCCUCAUCAAGGCAGUGCUGCCACCUGGUUUAUCGGCAGGUACCCUCCAUAUCCACUCUGGUAUCCGUGGACUGCAUGACGACGCCAUGCCGCCUCUUUCCAUGAUCGUUCCGCUCACACACUCAGGUACCUCAAAGGAAUACGAGUUUGUCGCACGCUUCCCGUGUCCAGAUGCACAGAAAAUCGAUAUGUACAUCAAGGAGCCGCAAAACAAGUACCUCUUUUCGGGAACAGAGUACACUUUCCAAAUCAUCUGCAGCCCUGCAGACGGCCUCACUCACGAUCCAUACGACGCGCAAGCCGCUGCGCCAAAUGUGAUAGUCGUCCAGUCCCCAUCCGGCAAGAUCUACCGUCUGAAAAAGGCGGAAUCCGAUGUCGAAUUUGGCGUAUGCGAAGCUAGGCUAAAAGUGCACGAGCCAGGCGUCUGGCUGGCCCUAAUUACCUCUGAGGCAGGUGCUGGUUGGUGCACUUUCGCGAAGUGGAUCUGUGUUUAA